CUCGCAGUUUGCCUCUGGGUUUUGCAGUCUCCAGAUUUCUUCAGCCCCCCCAAGGGGACAACAUGGGCAAUCUCCUUUGCAGUUUCGGAAGCAGGUUUGUGGUCCUGAAGGUCACAGUCUGAGCUGAGGAGUGUAAAGGUAACCACUUGUUUUUCGUUUCAAAGAUCUGCCCCAAAGAUAGGCUGUUGCUCUUCCUCUGGAAAGCCUGAUCGGUUGGAUUCCUUCAGGGACUCAGCCCAAAGUGCUGCCUCGCAUCCCCUGACCAACUUCAAAACUAAAGCCUGCCUAGAACCUCUGGACGAAAACCGGCUGGAUCCCAUCCUUUCUCGCAAAUGGCUAAUCCUGGAGGUGGUGCCGUCUGGAACGGGGAUCUGCACAAUCACAGGAAACAGAGCGGCAGCCUGCAAAGUGGAAACUGCGCGAAAAAUGGGAUCGUGAAAGAAGCCCAGCAAAAUGGGAAACCACAUUUUUACCAUAAGCCAAUUGUUGAAUCCUUUGAGGAAGCACCUCUUCAUGUUAUGGUUUUCACUUACUUGGGAUAUGGACUUGGAACCCUAUUUGGCUAUUUCAGAGACUUUCUAAGGAAUUCUGGAAUAGAAAAGUGCAAUGCAGCCAUAGAGCGAGAAGAACAAAAAGAUUUUGUGCCGCUUUAUCAAAACUUUGAGAAUUUUUACACGAGAAACCUCUACAUGAGAAUCAGAGACAACUGGAACCGGCCCAUCUGCAGCGCCCCAGCGGCUCUGUUUGAUGUGAUGGAGAGGGUGUCGGACGACUACAACUGGACGUUUCGGUUUACUGGAAGAAUCAUUAAAGAUGUGAUCAACAUGGGCUCAUAUAACUUCCUUGGCCUAGCUGCCAGUUACGAUGAAUCUAUGAAGACAGUAAAGGAUGUUUUAGAGGAAUAUGGCUUAGGUGUGGCCAGCACCAGACAUGAAAUGG